AUGAGCCGCUCCAUCCUUCUUCUUCUCGUAUUUUUGUGGACUUUCCAUCAAUCGUCGGCGAUUUUGGAUCAUAUCCAUGGCAGAGGAAAUGCGGAGAUCCACAAGGAAAAAUGGCCCAAUCUAGAUGACCCGGGAAACGUAUUCUACGCGGCGCUUUUCAUUACGCUGUGUUUGAUCGCCAGCAUUAUGUGUGUUUUUCAUUUUGCGACCUUGGAUUGGGGAGCACUGUUCGAUGUGCUGUUGAGCACGGUAAGAGGAUAUAUGUUAAUUAUGGCUAUUUUUGACCGGAAAGGGCUCUAUUCCACAUUUUGGAGAGGUUCUACGGUGAUUCCGACAUUGUUUUAGACGAAAAAAUUGUAUUUCUUUAGGUCAUGUUCCGGUUGUUACAGUAACCCAUAAAUUUACUUUUUAUGUCUAAAAUAAUAUCUAACGCAUAAUAUAGGUCCUAGUUUUCAUUUGCUACUCAUAAAAAGGCUAUAAUUUCGCUUGGAAUUGUUUUAAUCACCAAUUAUAUUAUCCAUGCUGCAGUAACCCUUAUUUUGAAAUUUUAAGAAUACGAUUUAUCCAAUAUGUCAAAAAAGCCUAAAAAUCGUCGUAGAAAUUUCAGAAAGUCCUAAUAUGACCCUAUAUCGACUAUCACAUCAAUUAUAUUACACAUGAUACAGUAACCCAAAAUUUUGUUUUUAAUAUUUUAAAUAAUAUUCAGUAUUUCUAACAGAUAUCAUAGCUGAGAUUUGAACCUCCAGAAGCUCAUGUUUUGACGUGAAAUUAUCAGUUAUAUUAUCCAUGACAGUUGCCUUUUCAGGAAGAAGACAAGUCUGAGAAGACAUGUAAAGCAUUAGGACGCAAAGUCUCCAUUGCCUCACGUACAGUGUCAGUUACGACCUUCGACGAGACCAUUUCUCCCAGUGAUGACAAAUCAGUGCCGAAGAAGAAAUUUAUCAAAGUUCCCAGUCCAAAGCCAAAAGCAGAGAAGGAGCUGAAGAAAUCCGACCAUGAGAAGCCCCCAUCUACUGCGCAAUCGACUCAGAGCGUUUCCACGGCUCCAGUAAGUGUAGAAUUUGGAUAAAAGACUUAUUUUUAUAUGUGUGUGUCUAAAUAAUAUUAUAUUUUCAAAAAAUUUUCCCCUGAUUUUCCAGACGAUCAAGGUUCCGCAGUCCGAGGAGAGAGCGAAGGCGUCUCAGUCGAUGCCGGCCUCGGAAUCGGAAUGCUUCGAUAUGAGGAAGGAGGAGAUGAAUGCGAUGCCUCCGUGGGAUGUGAGACACAUUGCCCAGCAGAAUCCACGCCAGACCAAGUUCCGAGAAGCUGAACCGCUCUCGGCGGAGGCUGUCUAUGAGGCGGUAGGGUGUUGAUUUGCAAUUUUUGGGGGCUAAUUUUUAACGGGAAAUAUUGGAAAAUGGCUUACAAGGGAUCGGCAAAAGCGCGCAUCCUGGUUUUUUCUUGAAACAUAUACCAUUUGAAAGAGCGUAAAAAACUGGUCUAGGAUCACCUUUUAUUAGCUGCUAUUUUUGCUCUACGCCCUAGCUAGCGAGCAUUUUUUAAAAAAUCCCGGUUGGAUUUCACGACUCUUUGCUUCUGAACGGCUAAAAAGAUUCAAUAAUUACUUUUCAUAUGUCCCAUACGUACCUAUGACGUCGAACGCUUCACCCUAUGCCAAAGAAUACACACUUUUUUUCCGACCUUGAGAUACCCAAGUCCAUGUUCACAAUGUGUGAUCACGCGAUCUUUUAGGUCGUGUAACCCAAUGCAACAUAGCGGGUAGAAAACAUGUAAACCGUUUUCAGACUCAAUUUUCACGUACUUUCCGUUACUGGGCUUAAUUCGUAAAAAUCUGAAAGUCGUAGAAAGUUCCAGCCAUAGAAGAUACCCACUUCAAGUGCAAGUACUACAAAUUUGAAAGAAUUUAAAAAAUCUCCGUUUUUUCUUAAAAAACUACUCCGAUUAUAUCACAAAUGUCUACACGACACUCAAACACUAUUUCCAGGCCUUAUUUGGUUUGCAAUAUAAAGAAAAUCAAAAAAAAAUCAAAAGAGGUUUGAACCCGGUUCGCCUCGUUCAGCGCCUUACCCCACUAGGCCACCGAAGCACUGCUGCGCUGUGCUUUGGAAAUCGUUCGGAUUUGUUUCCUCGGAAAAAGGGUGGGAUAAGCCUAGAACUAAAGAAUGCUCGCUAGCGAAGGCGUAGAGCAAAAAUAGCAGCUAAUAAAAUGUGAUCCUAGACCAGUUUUUUACGCUCUUUCAAAUGGUACAUGUUUCAAGAAAAAACCAGGAUGCGCGCUUUUGCCGAUCCCUUGUUAGGAAAUUUUUCGAAAUUUCUGGAAAAUCCGUCAUUAUGACGGACUUAAUUGUCAUUUCGACGUUACAUUUGAAAUUUUGGGUGUUCGAAAAGGCCAGCAGUAGCUCGAAUUCAAAACCAUGACUUCUAAAACAUGAUUUUUCCAAAUUUCCAAAAAAUAUGUCGUCCUGAAAAAAUAUGUCAUUUGACAAAUUAUGACAAUUUUUUUGAAAUUCAUUAUGAUUACAAUGUUGUAGGUAGACUGUAAAAAAUUUUCAUUACAAUUUGAGACCUAUGUUUUCGCUUUUUUUUAUCAGAAUGACCGAAUUUUUGGAAUUUUUUCAAAUUUUGAGUUUUUUAAAUUUGAUGAAAUUUUGCUUUCAGAAGCCGAUCCCUUCGAGUUUGUCGAGCUCUACCCCUCGUGAAGGCUCCACCACGACCAGCACCACCAAGCGCUCCCCACCCCUGUCCACCGCUAGAGAACCGCAUAGCCCAGGACCCGAUCCCGAAGAACAACCUUGA